CAACCUGUCAGGAUAGCUGCUGCACCUAAACUGACUUGUUCUCUUUUCUUUCUCCCUCACCCCUACCUAUAAAUCCAUCAGAUUAGCACCACCACAAGCCAAGGCGGCAUUACCACACCUAGCCAAGAAAGAAACACAAGGAGGAGGAAACACAGCCAUGGUCAGUGCCAAGAGACUUGCUCAGAUGGCAAAGAACUGGCAAAGGAUGGCGGCCAUGGGGAGGAAGAGGCUCACCCGGACCACGACAGCAGCGGCGAAAGGGUCCAUCAUAGAGAAUGAGUGCAGCACAGCGUUGUCGCCGUCGGUGGCGAUGAAGGGCCACUGUGUGGUGUACACGGCCGACAACAGUGCGCGGUUUGAGGUGCCGCUGGCAUACCCCAGCACGGCGUUCUUCAGCGAGCUCCUGACCAUGUCCCAGGAGGCGUUCGGCUUUGCAGGCGGCAAUGACGGGAGGAUUAUGCUGCCCUGCGAUGCCACGGUCCUGGAGUACGCCAUGUGCUUGCUCCGGAGAGAUGCCUCCGUGGAAGUCAUGAGAGUGUUCAUGAGCUCCGUCGCGAGGCCAUGCAGCAGCUUUGAAGGCGGCGCGGUGGCGCCAUGCGUAGGGCUUGGUCAUGAAGUAGCUGCUUGUUAGAUUCUGGAGAAUGGUCAGUCUGGCAUGCUUGUUCGCGCAGUCACACUAACUAUUUCAAGAGAGAGAACAUCACCUACCAGAGUGGUAUUGGUAUGGGGGCAAGUUCAAGCAGGGUAAAGCUUCUCAGAAGAAGAAAAAGUAGGGUAACUUUUUCCACAGAAAAGGUUUCUUUUGUUGUUGUA